CCGCGGAGGUCGCUCUGCUCCUGCGUCCUCCUUUGCGCUCCGACUCCCUCCACUCCCCUCAUCUUCCCUCAGAUAUACUACAGCACAGGAAAAAAAAUCUGAUCAAGCUUUUCCGGUCUGCUAGCCCUAAUUUCCUCUCAAGACCUCUGGCGUACGAGCUGAAGGGGGGAGACGCGCAGGCACGGAUCCUGUGGCCGAGGAGCGAACGCCAAUCCGGGCUGUUGGAGAGGAACGCGUACCGCAGCCGCGCACGGCUCUGGACGGCUUCAGCGACCCGGAGACUGCGUAGGAUCAUGCAUCUUGUCGGUGGCUGGUUGGGAACGUACCGGAGAAGCGUGUGAGUGAGUGAGAGAGUGAGUGGGGGAGAGCAGAAUGGUUCGGCGGAUGGGAGCGCACAGGGUUCUCUCCGCGGCCGCUCCGUGCUCUCCCAUCCGCGCCGUCACCGCCGUGAAGCCGCCGAUGCCCGUCCUCCUGUGUGCUGCACCUCCGGGUAUUUGUCCGACUCGUCAUUACAUAACUCGGCGUCUUUGUCCCUCGUAUUGACUGCAUUCUUCCCCCUAAGAAAGAAAGAUAGAGAGAAAGAAAAAACAACAACAGUGGGACAGUAUCCAUCUGUUUACCGCCUGAGCGCAGCGGCAUCAGCGGCAUCAGGCGUCGGCGCGCUCCCGGUCUGGUCUGGAUCUGGGGCUGGAGCUGGAGCUGGAAGCCGCCGUGCUGGUUUUGCUGUCGUGGACUUAGCAGGAGGGUGGAAACCUGAGUCCAUCUGUGAUGAGAAGACCAAGUGAGUCCGAGUGGAUUUCGCUGGUGAGCUGCCAGAAGCAUCUGGAAAGGAUAACACAAGGAUCCAGAUCCACUCCCCCUCCAGAGGACCACAGGAUCAUUUCAGUGUUUGAGCUCUGUGGCUGCUGAGUGAUGUCUUUUAGCUUGUUUUUUUUUACUGUUAAACUGCUUUGAUUACACAGUCCCUGCAUGGCCCUGAGUUGGCACCAUUUGGAUUCCUAACCAGGUUUCCUCCUCCCAGUGGUGUGGAUACCUGCUGUGUGUGGCCUUUGGUGCAUUUGUCAAAAACAGGCCUCCUCACCCCAUAACAGAUUAGUAAUCCUGCAAGGUUUCCUCUCAGCUAUGCAGUGAAGAUGUGUGCUGCCAGGUUCAGUAACUGCCUCAAUGGCUGUGCUGAGGAGGCCUCUGCCGGUGCCGUGGGGGCUGCCGGUCCACUUAUGGCCUCCCGGAUGCUGGACUGGACAGAGGCCGGUCCUCGCAUCCUCCACAGCCUGGAGAUGGGCACGGUGAUGACCAUCUUCUACCAGAAGAAAUCCCAGCGGCCGGAGAGGAGAACGUUCCAGAUAAAGCAGGACACCCGGCAGAUAGUGUGGAGUCGAAACCCAGACAAGAUAGAAGGAGAGAUCGACAUCCGAGAGAUCCGGGAGCUGCGGUUGGGAAAGGGAUCCCGGGACUUCGAGCGCUACCCAGAGGAGGCUCGUAAACUGGACUCCGCCCACUGCUUCAUCGUCCUCUACGGGCUGGAGUUUCGCCUGAGGACCCUCAGUGUGGCUGCCUUCAGUGAAGAAGAGGUCAACAUGUGGGUCACUGGUCUCAACUGGCUCAUGAAUGACACACAAAAGGCUCCUGCACCACAGCAUAUUGACAGGUGGCUGAGGAAGCAGUUCGAGGUCAUGGACAGGAACCGUGAAGGCAGCAUCACCGUAAAGGACGUGAAAACUCUGCUGCCUCAGAUCAACUACAGAGUUCCCAACAUGCGCUUUCUGAAAGACAAGCUGCAGGAGGUGGAGGCCAGAAGCGACCUAUCGUAUCCAAACUUUGCACAGCUCUACAGAACGCUGAUGUUCGACGCACAGAGGAGCAUUAUUGAACAGCUGGACCUCUCCUUCCCUCUGCGGAAUGUUGACAGACCUGAGCUGUGUCAGAUCUCUCUCUACGACUUCCAGAAGUUUUUACAGAUGGACCAGAAGGAGUCCUGGGCGUCAGAUCUGAGUCGUGUCCGUGAGUUCCUGAUGGGCUACAUGAGGGGGGGGCCGCAGCCUGAGCCCAUGCUACAACUGGAUGAGUUCCUGACCUUCUUGUUUUCUAAAGAAAACUCAGUUUGUGACCCUCGGCUUUCUCCUGUCAUCCCUGACGACAUGAAACGGCCUCUUUCUCAGUACUGGAUCUCCUCCUCACACAACACAUACCUGACAGGUGACCAGUUUUCUAGUGAAUCUUCUCUCGAAGCCUAUGCCCGCUGUCUGAGAAUGGGCUGUCGCUGCAUUGAAUUGGACUGCUGGGAUGGACCUGAUGACCUGCCAAUCAUCUACCACGGACACACGUUAACCUCCAAGAUCAAAUUUCUAGAUGUGCUGCACACGAUUAAAGAACACGCCUUCGUCACGUCUGAGUAUCCGGUGAUCCUGUCCAUUGAAGACCACUGCAGCGUUGUCCAGCAGAGGAACAUGGCCACUCACUUCAAGAAGGUGUUUGGAGAUCUGCUGCUCACCAAACCAGUCGAUAACAACGCAGAGGAGCUCCCCUCACCGUAUCAGCUCCGCAGGAAGAUCCUCAUCAAGCACAAGAAACUGGUGGAAGGGACUGUGUACGAGGAGGUGGCGUCUGCCAGUUACUCUGAAAACGAUAUCAGCAACUCGCUGAAGAACGGCAUCCUCUACCUCGAAGACCCCAUCGACCACACAUGGACUCCACACUACUUCGUCCUGACCAGUAAUAAGAUCUACUACUCAGAGGAGACAUCUCACUACCAGACGACUGAUGAAGAGGAGGAAGACGAAGGCAAAGAGGAGUGUAACAACAACGAGCAGCACUGUGCUGAGCGGUGGUUUCACGGUAAACUGGGAGGAGGUCGAGACGGCCGACAGGUGGCUGAGAAACUCCUGCAGGAGUACUGCGAGGGCGGGGCCAAGGACGGCACCUUCCUGGUCCGAGAGAGCGAGACGUUUGUCGGAGAUUACACUCUGUCCUUCUGGCGUUCCGGUCGCGUUCAGCACUGCAGGAUUCAUUCCCGUCAGGAGUCGGGCUCCACUCGCUUCUACUUAACCGACAACCUGGUGUUUGACAGUUUGUACCGCCUCAUCUGCCACUACAGAGACACACCGCUGCGCUGCAAUGAGUUCGAGAUGAGACUGGGAAACCCCGUUCCUCAGCCCAACGCACACGAGAGCAGAGAGUGGUACCACUCCAGUCUGUCCAGAGUCCAGGCUGAACACAUGCUGAUGCGAGUUCCCCGAGACGGAGCUUUCCUUGUGCGAAAACGCAGUGAACACAACUCCUACGCCAUCUCCUUCAGGGCGGAGGGAAAGAUCAAGCAUUGUCGCAUCCAGCAGGAAGGCCGACUGUUCAUGCUCGGCAGCUCGGCAGAGUUUGAGAGUCUGGUGGAUCUGGUGAGCUACUACGAGAAACAUCCUCUGUACCGCAAGAUGAGGCUCCGAUACCCCAUCAACGAGGACACUCUGGACCGCAUGGGCACCACGGAGCUUGAUUAUGGGGCGUUGUAUGAAGUUCGUACUCCUCAUUUCUAUGUGGAAGCCAAUAAGAUGCCCACAGCCCGGUGUACGGUCAAAGCUCUGUAUGAUUACCGAGCUCAGCGGGAAGACGAGCUGUGUUUCCCCAAACAGGCGCUCAUCGUCAACGUGGACAAACAGGAGGGCGGCUGGUGGCGAGGCGACUACGGAGGCAAGAAACAGCUUUGGUUUCCAGCAAACUACGUAGAAGAGGUCCCCAGUUCUCCAACUCGGGAGAUGGAUGAAGCAUCCACGGAGAACAGUCCACUGGGAACAUUCCUCAAAGGCUUCAUCGAUGUUCCAACAUGCCACGUUGUGGUGCAUAAAGACGGGAAGAACUCGCGGGCCUUCGUGUUCACCAUCCACUCUCAGCACCUUUCCUCCCACCCGGUUCAGACUCUGGACGUGGCUGCAGAAAACCUGGAGGACCUGACCUGCUGGGUGAGCAGGAUCAGAGAGGCUGCACAGAACGCUGAUGCACGGAUGCAGGAGGAGAAGCAGAUGGAGAGGAGGAAGAAGAUUGCAGUGGAGUUGUCUGAACUGGUGGUUUAUUGUAGACCUGUUCCCUUCAACGAAGACAAGAUCGGGACAGAGAGGGCGUGUUAUCGGGACAUGUCGUCCUUCCCAGAGACCAAGGCUGAGAAGUUUGCGACCCGUGGCAGAGGGAAGCGUUUCCUGCAGUACAACCGCCGACAGCUCUCCAGAGUUUAUCCUCGAGGACAGAGGCUGGACUCGUCAAACUACGACCCAUUACCCAUGUGGCUUUGUGGCUCCCAGCUGGUCGCACUCAACUUCCAGACACCAGAUAAACCCAUGCAGCUGAACCAGGCUCUGUUCAUGCUCGGAGGUGGAAGUGGUUACGUUUCUCAGCCCGACGUCAUGAGGGACGAUGCCUUCGACCCUUUUGACAAAGACACGCUGCAUGUGGAGCCGAUCACCAUCCAGUUACAGGUGCUGGGAGCCCGUCAUCUGCCUAAAAAUGGCCGCAGCAUCGUGUGUCCUUUUGUGGAGGUGGAGAUCUGUGGAGCCGAUCACGACAGCUGCAAGUACAAGACCGACGUCGUAGCUGAUAACGGUCUAAAUCCUGUGUGGGUGCAGAAGCAGUUUGUGUUCGACAUCCAUAACCCCACCUUCUCCUUCCUGCGCUUCACCGUCUACGAGGAGGACAUGUUCAGCGACCCCAACUUCCUGGCCCAGGCCACCUACCCGGUCCGCCUGCUCCGAACAGGUUAUCGCAGCAUCCCUCUGAAGAACAGCUACAGCGAAGAGCUGGAGUUGGCGUCACUUCUCGUCCACAUAGAGAUUGUCAAUGCAAAGGAGGAAGAUGAUGAGAACCUGUACACGUCCAUCCAGCGGCUGCGGGAUCGAACCAGCGAACUGUCCAACCAGGUGUCCCUCCUGGAGCGGGCGGGUUCGGCAGACCUAAGCUACCAGCAGAGUCUGGAGGAGCUUCGAGCGGCUCAGGACCAGCUGAGCGAGCUGGUGGAGGCUCGUAACCGCAGGUUGAUGGAGAAGAAGAGGAGGGAGAAGCUGAGGCAGCAGGUGGCAGCAAAGCGCAGUUAACCUUCCCAUCCAGCAGGAAGCGCUGAAGUCCAAUGCUAACGGUGCCUGACGCUCGCUGCCACCGCUCCUGAGCUGAGAAAGCAGCCGAAGAGAACAACAGGCUCUCUGCAGUAGCGACAUGCAAUCCAUUUAGAACUGGAAGUAAACUCAAUAACAUGAGACGUGAAAGCACCAGAGGAGAACGUAACACAACAGAGACAUCUCAUGGACUAAAAAAACUCACAAAGUUAAGCUAUAAAACAAUCACUUUUGGUCUGUAGUCUGAAAUACAAGAGCGAACUGGAGACAGCUGAUGUUUCCAUGGUUACAGGCUUACAUUAUGACUACGGCAGGUAAAUGAUUAGAAAGUUUCAGAUAUUUUAAUACAGUGAAUCUCACAGAUACAUCAUGUGAGUAAAAGGAUGUAGACCUCAAGUUUUUGUACUGGAUAUGUGGAACUAAAAUUAAACAACAUUGGUUCUAAUUUAAUUACACUUUAGGCAUGUUUUUCCCUUUGAAGUUGUUUACAGAUUAAAAAGUCAGAAAUGAGACUUAAAUAGCAGUGACUGCAUUAAUUCUAUGAUUUGACAUGUUCAACAUGUGGGAGUUUGAGGCUGUUUUUUAACCACCCUCAUGCUUUUGAUGAUAGGGUAUUUAUCAUUAAUGUGCUGGUGGACAAUUGCCAUGAUCUUGUAUAGAUCUACUGCAAAUUGACAUUUUAUAGAUAUUUUAGGUAAAAAAAAAAAAAAAGUGAACUUAAAUAUAUGAAUUUGCUUGUACUUGAAAUUGUGUCUAUUUACCUUUUAGACUGGUGGAUGACACAUCAUGAAAACUGAAAAAUGGGGUGUGGGUAAGACAAAACAACAUCAUUUAAAGAACACUGUUGGAAAUGAAGCCUGAGGAUCAUCCAGUUCGCUCUCACUGUGUUUCAGGCUUCAGUCAGAAUAACAGGAAAAAAGGGAGACGAUAACUCAGGUUACAUAAAUGAAUGAAUAAGAACACUCUGAAAUCUGGAAGAAAAGGGAAAAGUGGGCACAUGUAGCAACAAGGAAAUAUCAUGUUUGUGCCUUCGAUGUUUGUAGAGUGUAGUUGUGCUACUGUUUAAGGCAGUAAAACUAAGUGAAACGUGAAGUUUCUCUACAACUGGAAAUAGUGUCCCUUUAAGGGAAAACUUACUAACUGAACCUGGAGGAGGCGUUUCCUCCUUUGGCUCAGACCACUACUCAUGAAAUGGGUUUAAAGGGAUUUUAAGACUGAAAUCUGUUCCUUCUAAUCAAGACCAAGUCUUUUUUUGAGUGAUGAUGUGAACUGUGCCCCUGCGGUGGGGGCUUCGGUCACAGACCUUCCUGAUCUACCUGGGAGAGCACAAACUGGACGAACUGUGUCAAACAAACCCUCACUAAACCACACCGAGAAGAUCUUUUAAUACUUCUCCAAAAGGGCUCUAAAUACAUAUACCUUCAAAGAGGCAUGAGAAAUGGCAGGUGGGGGAGGAGAGAGGAAGACCACGCCCCCUGGAUGUCACCUGCACAGGGGCUCAGGUGUGCUCAUCUGGGUCGAACAUAACGCACGACAAACAAACAAGGGCUAUCAACGAAAACAAGCAAAGCACUCUUACCUGCCGGCUCUGUGUCACGCACACAAAUUAUACGCCUCACGUCAAAACCAUACGACCAGGAUCAGUUUCCACCAUCUGCCGCUAAUCAACGGAUGUGGACUAACUGGUCCUGGAUCUGCCAAAAGCAGCUUUGAUUCGACUCACUGCAUGGCUUCAUAUCUAAUAAAGCCCCUCCUCUGUAGCUACUUCACCUUUUAUCAUUACCCCUGUCUAAUUUCUCAUUGUAUAUAACUUUUUUUUUUUAAUUUAUCAGACAGGUGUAGAUCCUGUUAUAUUAGAUGAAAGAACAUACUAGAAGAAUGAUAUAAUAAUGGACUUCAGAUUGAAGAAACUGUAACUUUAUGUAGAAAUUAAUAUUGUGUACCUGGAGCUCCCUUUAAAUGUCCCCAUAGACACAAACCUCUCUCCCUACGCUGCAGUUGCACCAGGUAGGGACUUCUAUGCAAAAGUCGUCUUAUGGCCUAUAGCCAUCGUGUAUUAGACGAUUUGACUCAAGUUGUGUUUUCUCUCUGUAUCUAUGCUAACUGUCCAGUAUUAUUACUCUGCAUUACAGAUCUGUGCAAGUUUCCAUUUAAUAAAGCUCUUUCAUGUACACCA